UUCUGGGAGCUGCUAGGCAUCAAACUUUGACUGUUGGACAUCAAAAUUCAAUAACUUUAUAACCAAAUAUCCAAAAACUAAUCCAACAAUUCUGAAACUCCUGAAAAACAUUAAAAAAUGAUCGAAUGCAUUUUAUGUUUAAAUAAAAUUUUGAAGAAAAAUUCAAUCAAGCUCAGUUCGACUGAGGAUUGUGACCUGUCAGUUGAGGAUCUCAUCAAACUUCACUUUUGGUUCUCGGACAAAGUUCUCAGCCAUCAACCAUCCAAAUCCCUUCCAAUAAUCUGCAAGACAUGCUACAGCAAGCUCGAGUCAUUCCAUGAAUUCUUUUGUGCUGUCAAAUUCAACCACCAAGUUGAUGAUGCCAACAUUUCAACCGCUUUCAUUGACACAUCCGCGAUAUUUAUUAAAAAUGAGAAAAUUGAGGAACCGGAAAUAGUUAAGCAAGAUAUCGACGAUAUAGCAUCCAACUUUGCACCGAGUCCAUACAAAGAUGAUUCUUCAGACUCGGAUGAACCACUAGCCAAAGUCGCAAAAAAGAGAAAAUUGACUGGCACUAAAGAAGAGUCAGUAAAUAAGAAUCAAAAGUUCGAUGUUUCACCAGAAGAACUGGAUGUCUUGAGAGUUCAUGCAGAAUUUAAAUGUGAAUUGUGUUCAGAGCCGUUGGAAGCUUGGAAGGAUUUCAAAACACACUAUAGAGUAAAGCAUAAAAUUCGUGGAUUUUUGAGAUGUUGUGGGAGAAAAAUCGACAGAGCUAAUCACAUAAGGGAUCAUGCUAGUUGGCACUUGAACCCUCACAUAUUCCAAUGUCAUGUAUGCGGCAAAUCAGCAAUAUCUCGUGAAAAUCUCAAGCUACACGAAGAAACUCAUAUCCCAGAUGAAGAUCGCAACUUUGCAUGUCAAAAAUGUGAUAAGAAAUUUGUCAACAAAUACAAUCUCAACAUGCAUGAAAAAGUCCACGAAAAAGAUGAAAAGAUUGCAUCAAUUCCUUGUAAAUUUUGUGACAAACUGUUCAAAACUGAUCGACAAUUAAACGACCAUUUCAAUUAUUCUCAUAAAGCAUCAUCAGGUUCACUCAUUUGUCAUGUCUGUAGUAAGAUCCUCAAGAGCAAAUACACACUAGAUAUCCAUGUUAAGGCACACACAAAUCCAGAUGACCCAAUUGAAUGUGAUCAAUGCGGUCACAUCCUUAAAAAUAAACGAAGAUUUGCAGUUCACAUGGCAAAGCAUAAAUCAGCUGAAGCUGGUCCAUAUGAAUGCGAAAAAGGUUGUGGAAAGAUUUUCAAGCACCGACCAGCAAUGCUUGAUCACAUCGCAUUUGUUCAUACAACAAAAAGAUUCAAUUGUUCACAUUGUAGGAAGGAAUUUAAGCACAAAAAGACACUUGAUGAACAUGAAAUUACACAACAUGGUGGACUUGACCCAUAUUCGUGUCCAUUUUGUGAUCGAACUUUUAAAAAUAGUGGAAAUAUGCAUGCACACAAGAAGAGAACUCAUCCAGAAGAGUACAAGACUCUCCCGGCACCAAAUUAUUUGAGAGGAUCAAUUGGAGAUUAUAAUGAAUAAAAAUGUCUGUUUUGG